GGUUAGUCCGUUGAUAGCCGCGAAAGGCGUGAAAGGUUUCAACGGUCGAGUGCAGUAUGGUCCAGUGGUUCGAACCAGUGCUAUUGCUGGCAGCUCUGCUGGUGACCGCUGAAAGUUCAACUCGAAGAAACAAGUACGAAGUUAGUGUCAGGCAUGGUCCGUUCGAAAUCCACCAGAGACACGUGAAUGCAAAGCCUUUCAAAGAGCCAAAUCGAGACAAGCCGGGGACGAUUGGACAAAAUAAUCCCCACAUUGGAUACCGAAGAGAAGUGUCACUUUCUGAAGAAAUCUAUGAGCCUCGAAAGAAGGGACGAAAACGUGGGGAAAGAUGGGAUUCACGAGGUGUAAAAGUCGAGAUGAAAUACGAAAAUCAACGUCAGAAACCCAAAUCUGAGCGAGGAAUGGUUCGAACAAAGCAAGUGGGAUCGUGGAGUUAUACAACAACUAUUGCACCAACUACAACAGAAGCUACAACCAAAACUCCAAUUCAGCAACCAUCUUUUCCAAUUUUUGGAGAGCGGAAUCCAGGCAGUGUUAGAAAGACGACAACAACUCAACAAGCACCACAGGAAGAGCAAUGGAUUUCAAGCACGCCGGCAUAUCAGAACUUUGUGACAACUCAACAGUCCAACGAUGCAAGUGUUCAACAACAAGGAUUCGCAGCUGAAAAAAAUCCACCUAAACCGAUCACUUUCUACAAUACUCAAAGUGCUAGCUAUGGAAACAUCAGAACUCAAGGUGCAAAUCAGUACAACGAGGAUAAUAAUUUCCAACGAACGACUUCUGCGCCCGAACCAAAUCAUAAAUUAACCAUCGUGAAUCCAGUGACUCCAAGUGUGCUAUUCCGGAAUCCUCAGUUAAGAGUUCCUUUCACUUUUGACAGUAUUGAUUCAGUUUCAUUCGAUCCUGCUCCGAAACAGCAUACAACAACUACGACUACAACCACGACGACGACUGCGGCUCCUACAACUACCACAACGACAACCACUACAACACCGCCCCCUCCACCUCCACCUCCACCUCCGCCACCAUCACCAAUUCCAUCCAGGAUAUCAGUUCCUAACUUCCGCAAAACUAUCAAGCUACCGGAAGACGAUAACGAAAAUGCCAUUUAUCUAUUGGUAAAGUAUGAAAAACCACCGAACGGGGGACAGGCGAGGGCACAAGUAAUUGAAAUUUUAGGAGGAAAUACAAAAAUAUUGCAAAGCUCAGGGCCCAACAGGCAGAAUAAUGAAUAUGAUCUCUACCCGAAAAUGGAGGAAACCGUUCGGGAAACUUUGAAAAACGUCAAUCUCAAUAGCGUCGAGGUCUCUUCUUCUGGCUACGCAGUCGAAGAAAAUUUGGACAGUGAUGAACGUAACCAGAUUGGAACUCCUCUUGCCCUUGUGGGUGCACCCAUGCGCGGCAGCAAUCAAGCAAAUCAAAAUAAUCAACCGUCAGAGUUCGUUUCGCAACAAGAUCCACUGGCCCAGAAAUAUCUUCAACAACAGCAGCGAUUCAACGCCCUUCAACAAAAUGUGCAACCCACUGCGACACAAUCUAGUCCACCUAACAACCAAAACAUUCAGCAACCCGCGCAGAUUCAAACUCCUAUUGCAAUGAGUCCACAAGCCUUCCAAACGAGCUUUAUUCUUCCUACCACAUAUUGGGGACUACCCAUGCCUCAGAUGCAACAGCAACCUCAACCAGUGAGCUACAUGCAUCACAACGCUUUCCGAAUUCAGCAUUUGACAGGGCCACAACAAUUCAAUCAGAUUGAUAGCAACACCCAGCAACCCAAUCAGAUCAAGUUGGAAGAUCAAGGAGAUCCUAGAAUCCAGUUCGAUCGCAGCUCGAAAACUCCCGUUGAAGAACCAAAUGGGAAUGCCAUACAACAAGAGUCUGGUUCAACAGAAGAAAGUAAUGAAUCGGGGGCGCAAAAUAGCUAUGGGGAAUAUGUUAGUGAAGCUUAUAAGGAUUACAAUAAAGACGAAGGAGCCCGACGUCCUGAUGUUCAAUCUGCAGAACCCGUAGAAUCUUCCAUGGAAACCCUAAAUGAGACUACAGACCCGCUUGAGUUGUCGAGAAUUCUAGUUAGUCAAAACGGGGGUCUAACUGUAGAUCAGUUCAAUCAACUGUUCAAAGACUAUCUGGACAAAGAGUUGACAGAGAGCGAUCUGCAUAGCUACGAGAGGUUAGAAGACGCAAUCAGUGGUUCGGGAAGAAGUUCACAAGGUGGACAAUCAAUCACUGCCACAACUGAGAGCGGUGAAUCGUUUGAGCAGCAACAACAGCAACAACAGCAGCAGCAACAGCAACAACAACAACAAGAUGACUCAGAGGAGAUUUCCGGAUCUUCGGAAGGAGACGAUCGCAUCCGAGUGCAGAUCAACAAAACCGGAGGGCGACAAGAACCAAUCGUAAAAAUCGGUUACGGAAGCUCCAAAUCCCACCAGGGCGUUUACAAAUCGCCCAAAUUUUUCCAAUAGCUCAAAGAAAGCAGUGGCGAAGAGGAACAAACGGAACAAUGGGAUGCUUCAGGACCGGGACAGCUUCAAGGGCUCGCUCCCAGUGGAUUUGAAGCAGGUCCCAUAUUCGGGUAUCCUGCUUCUGCAAAUCCGCAACAGGGGAGCCAACAGAAACUCGAGGAAUCGCAGCGACAGCAAGAGCAGCAGGAGAAUAGCGUAAGUGACGAACCUACCAACGGUGGCCAUCAUGGAGGACUAAGUUAUAUUAAGUUCGAAAAAUUUAACUAACAGAGACUGAGAGCUAACCAAAAGCAAACGAAUUGUUAAACUAGUGCUAGUUGCAGUUGUUAUUUUUCAAUAAAUUGAAUCGAAAUCACGCCAAACCCGAAUCAAUGCCCUUUUGGUUUCUUUCACGUUUACCCACCAUGUAAAGGAAUACCAAUGAGGAAGCAAAACGAUCGCACAUCUUGUUUAAUUCAUAUUCAAACCACGUUCCGUUCGAUACGCAUGCUCUACUUCGCGUUUAUUAGGCCGAGUGAGGUGGUUAACAUGAUACCGGUAGGAGCUUUUACUUGCUAAUGAAAGUAACAUCACGCUUGUUUGCCUUUGUUCGAUGCGGAUUCAUUCAAUCAAGUUUAUUAGGAUAAUUAUGCAAUAUUUAUGAUCAGUGUGUCGAAAUAUACGAUUUUAUCGGUUGGGAGUUAGUUAAACUUCUU